AUGAUUAAUGUUGGUAACUCUGCCAGACCAGGCUGCGAUCGAGCUUUGAACCCGGAGGAGCAGGCUGUUACCCUCUACUUCGUGAAAGCCGCUAUACCACGAUGUCGGUGCCGCAGAGAGGUUCGGGAACCGGGUCAGCUGUGUCGCGUCUUCGCUUUAACGAAGCCUCAUCCUGAUCAAUUAGAAUUACUCGUAAAGACGACCUUUGAAGAAGACUCUAGAGGAAUAGCGAACCCAGCCAGUUCCAAGAAGCGAUGGACUGUUGUCCUAUCUAAAAGUGGACCAGCUCGAUGGAAUCCGCCUGUUGCUAUCUGGAAGAACAGUCUAUGUCAAGUCAAAAAUAGUCCAUUCAAUCUUAUCGAAUCACAGUCGACUUCACCAACUUCAAGUCUAUCGCUAGCCAGCUGUCUAGUCUGUACAUCUGCCUGUCAACUUGUAGAAAGACAGACAUACAACAAUAGCGUUGACCUCGAAGGUAGUUGUGCAAGAAGUCGGUACAUACAUGGAUCCUUUGAGGACCUACGACGGAACACCGAGGAGAUUGAUGGGCCCUCUUCCUCCCCACAACUUUCCUCAGGCAGUUCCUCUGGCUACAUGAUGGAUUGCUGUUCCAGGUAGACUUACCUUUGGUUAGAGCGUGUAGCAGCCUGUCCUUGUGGGCGGAGGAGUGGAGCUGGGGCAGGAGGACCAGGAGGUAGCCCCCGGUCAGCGGGGAGGGCGGCGGUGGGCCCUCCGCCUCCCCGUCCCCUCGCCGUUCGUCGGACAUACACUCAGAUCUGA